AUGGAGGGUAUCACGAGACGACACUUCUUCCAUCACGCCGACACGGAGAAGCAGACUCCGGGCAUCACCAAGGAAAAGGCCGACUGCCACUGGUGCCAGAUUCGAGCAUUUCCCACGCACGCAACACAUCCGAUCACCAUCAUCAACGACAUUGACGACGCGACGCUGCCGUCCAACUUUCGGUUCCUCCAGUCGUCGGUGCUUGGCGAGGGUGUCCAGGCCGCAGAGGAUAGCUUCCGCUCGGGUUGCGACUGCACCGAUGAUCAAGACUGCCAAUAUGGAGGGUGCCUUUGUCUGCAGGAGCAGGACGACGCCGACGGCAACGACAACGACGACGAGGACGAGGACGACGACGAGGUAGCCGCCGGCAGCGGCCAACGGGAACAGGGCCGGAAGAAAAUCUACCGGUACCACACGCACGGCGCCAAGGCGGGCCUGCUGCGCAGCGAGUUCCUCCACGAAGGCGGCGGGUCGACGCAGCCGCUGUACGAGUGCCACGAGGGGUGCGGGUGCACGGCGCGGUGCCCGAACCGGGUGGUCUCGCGCGGGCGGCGGGUGGCGCUGCAGAUCUUCCGGACGGCGCACACGGGCUGGGGCGUGCGGUCGCUCGUGGACAUUCGGCAGGGCCAGUUUGUGGACCGGUACGUGGGCGAGGUGAUCACGCCGGGCGAGGCGCAGCGGCGGCGCGACGCGUCGGCGGUGGCGCGGCACAAGGACGUGUACCUGUUUGCGCUCGACAAGUUCACGGACGAGCGGUCGCCGGACGCGCGGCUGCGGGGCCCGCCGCUCGAGAUUGACGGCGAGUUCAUGUCGGGGCCGACGCGGUUCGUGAACCACUCGUGCGCGCCCAACCUGCGCAUCUUUGCGCGCGUCGGCGACCACGCCGACAAGCACAUUCACGACAUUGCCAUGUUUGCGCUGCGCGACAUUCCGCGCGGCGAGGAGCUGACGUUUGACUACGUCAGCGGCAUGGUGCACGAGGGCGACGAGAAGGAUGAGCAGAAGCGGGACCACAUGACGCGGUGUCUUUGCGGCAGCGACAAGUGCCGUGGCUUCCUGUGGUGA